AUGAGCUUCGCUUCCGAAGUGGUGGAAAUAGGCUCCGAUGACGCGGAGCAGUCUCACGAACACCCGGACACGUCCAGCCAUGACCACGCCUUAGCCCUCCACGAUAGCAAUCCGUGGGGCCUCUCGUGGCUGCGAGAGUCGUUCCUGCAAACGACCAACAACGCGGAGCGGAUCGCCGUUGGCAGCCCCCGCUUCGGAGUCGGCAUCCUUGGACUCAGGCUGUUGGAGCAUUACAUCAACGUGCUCCCGAGCAUGCGUUCGGCGACAGACGCCGUUCCCGUGUUCGACCACUCGGCGGCGGCAAUGAUUCCUCGAUUCCUUGGCUGGCGGCCAAAGGUUGCCACCUGGCCGCUAUCUCGGCAGGAAGCGAUGAAGAAUCGGAGUUUUGCUGUCUGA